AUUAAAAAUUUCCAAUUUACUAAGAUUUAUUUUGGCUGCAAUCGGGGAAACUUGGCGGACUUGCAUAAAUGAGGAGCUUUAAGGCGCUGGCAAAUUGUUUCAUAUAAGUUGUAAUACGGGGAAAAAAUGUUCGUGUGACCCAUGAGUUAGAUUUUGUAAAUUUACUUGUAAAAUCGAUUACUCGAUACCUUUCUUCCAUAUCUACACACUUCGAUUUUAUCUCUGCUUAUGCACAAAUCUUUAGAUUGGAGUUCGUUCUUGUUUGAGUAAUGCAAAUGUGAAAAAUACAAUUUUCAAUUAUAUUUAUCCCAUGGGAUUUAAUGGAGACUGUAUUUAGGUUUUACAAGUUUUGCUAUUUGCACACCUAUCGUUGGAAAGUUAAUUGUUGAAGUGAUAAGCGUGAUAUAUUGGUCAAUAUCUUCAUAUUUAUAUAGUAUAUAAGUUGUGUGUAGAAAAAGGCAUGUCUUUAAUCAAUUCUAAAGAAGAUAGUGCAAAGACAAAUAUGUUAAUGGAAGAGGGUGACAGUAGUUUGGAACCAGGUGAAGUUAAAACACCGCCACAUGGCACUGAGUCCGUUAAAUCAAGAAUAGCUGAGGACUCAAAUACUAAAUGUAAUGCCCCCACCUAUGUAUCCCAUUCUAAGUCCGCAUCUAAACAAGAAACUGACCGAUGCGCAGAGAAAGUACGCGCUAUACUGGAAUUGGAUGCAAUUAAAAGAAAAGAAGAACUAGAACGUAAAAAAGGAGAAAAAUCUGAUUCCAUAUCACUUCCAAAUAAAAUUAAAAAGGAGCAAAAAAAGCAUAAGAUUCCAAAUGAAGAGUCCACAAAUGAAGACUUCGAGGAAAAUACUCGUGAAAAGAGUGACGAGUCUUUAUUAAAAAAACACAGGCACAAAAAAAGCAAAUAUGAAGAUCGUAAAACUUGUUCUACACAUCCUAUUGCAGAAUCGUUUGAAAGUAUGCGUUCAAUUAGCAGUGCGUCAUUGCCAUUGCCACCUCCAAUGGGUUUUGUAACUCGUUUAACUAAUAUGACGACAAAUUUUUCUCGUGGAUUUUCAGGCAUUGAUAACUCUGCAAAUUACCGAGCUUAUAAUCCAUUUGUGAGAAAUUAUCGUACCGAUUUUCGUCAUAGAGGUCACCCUUUUAACACACACCAUCGUCCACGAUUUCCAAGAUACCGUACGCAGUAUAAUCAUGGCCCAUAUAAUGCACCAACAGAAGAAGCAAAUAAUUCAACCCCUAUAAAUAGUGGCAUCAUACCUCAUUCACAAUUAAUGUGGACUAAAACCAAACCAUCUAUAUCUUAUUCAUUCAAUUUCUAUGAACGGCUUAAGGAUUCUAGUAAUAAGGAGUGUUCAGAUAUGAAUGUUCAGAAGAAGAAGAAAAAUAAAAAAGAACGAGAAGGAAGCAAUAAAUCGCAAUCAAGCUCAAAAAGUAGUCGUAAGUCAAGUAAAAGAAAGAAAAUAAGGAAAAUACGUGAAACAUUUCAAUCAAAUCCGUUAAAGAGUCAAUUGAUCUCACCUAGUCACGAUGUAGAUACUACAAGGAUUGUUAAGGUUGAAGGUCACGUGAACAUCAACAUUGUAGAAAGUCCAAAAAUUUCAAUAAAAAGGGAAGACAUUUCGGAACCAGCUGCAGAGAACGGAUGUGCAAAUCCUGAAUAUUCAAAAUCGAUGAAAGAACAUGCAAAGGUGGCAAGUAAAGCUGCUAACUCAUCAAAACCACUAGUAUUGGACAUGUUCGCAAGUUUGACUCCACCAAAGCAGCAAUCACCACCCCUUGCUCUAAAUAAUUCCUCCAAUCCUUCAGCUAAAGUUCAAAUGACAAAACUGCAAGAAAUUCAGGACCGAAUAGGAAAACUACUGGAAGAUGAUGAUCUUAAACUUGAAACCAUACAAGCAACUAAGGAGAAAUUAUUACAAAAAUCACGCGAGCAUACAGAGGGUACUAAUUUAAAAAAAUCGUUGAAGAAAAAUAAAAUGUCAGUUUCUCCGGAAAAGAAUAUAUCCUUUACUGAUUUUAAAGCUGAAGAAAAAGAACUUGAAAAAAAUUCAAAGCAGAACACUAAAGAUAUAGGUAUUAUGCCAAAACCAUAUAGCUAUGCAAUAUUCAAAGAAAAGCCUUUUGAUAUAUUCGAUGGGACAAAAAAUGACUAUAUAAAGCAUACAAAAGCUGAUCGGGAAUACACACCUGAUUCUUUGCAUUCCGAAGGCUCUCACAUUAAAUCUACUAAUUUAGUUUUUAACAAAAAUCCAAAGCAAAAACAAAAGUACAAUGAGAAUUCAAAAAUUAUACGUAAAGUAUCUGAAAAACUAAAAAAACCACUUGAAGAUUCACCUCGUGUUCAUACGAAAUCUGUGACCUGUCCCAACAGUGGAAGUCCCGACACUGAUGAUUAUUCCGACAAUUGGGAAAAUGACGAUGACGAAAUGGAGUUAGGUGCUACCUUUCAAAAUAUAAAUAAGCUAGAAGCACCCAAAUACAUUAAAACGGAACGAUUGAGCAGUUCAAGUCCUUCAUCGAGUAUUGUUGAUAGUGAAGAAUCAGACUCGAACUCAAAACUUGAAAGCACAACACCGAAAAAUUCACCUCCGCAAAGAUGUAUGACACCUAAAUUUAGUUAUGAGCGCAAAGAAUCGCCAAAUGUAGUUUGUAGAGAAACAAAUGAUAUGCAACUAUUAUAUAACCAAUUUAUUAAGAGUGUGGAGAACGCUAAUAUCGAAAAUGAGCAUGAGCCCAUUGCAAAAGCAUCGAUCAAUGAUGAUUUAAAAUAUUUUGAAAAUGAACUUUUAUCUACUUCCUCCGCUUCCUAUUCGUCUACGUCUUCUUCAUCAUCCGAUACUUCUGCCACAUCUUCGGGGUCGUCUAGUACUACGAGCUCGAGCGACUCGGCUUCGGACGAAAGCAAUGAUACAGAUACGAACCAAAACAAAGAUUCAAAUGCUACAUCUAACGAUCAAAAGGACAGAAGCUCAUCAGUAAUGGAAGUAGAAAAAGCUGGACCAUUAACAACCCCAACUGACGACUCGAAACCUAAUGUUGCCAAAGACUUGAAGAGGUUAGAGAACUUAGAAGCUAACUUAUUGCGUAUACAAAUGAUGCGCGCUAAUUAUGAUUCAGCUGAUGAAAUCAGUGAUGAGUUGCUCAAAAUGGAGAAACUUUUUUUACACGAAAAAAAUAUUAUUUUAAAUAAAUUGAUGGACUCUUCAGCAAAAAAAUCUAUUAAGGUUGAAAAAGAUAAUGAAAGUGAUUUGGUAACACCUGCCGAAAAAGAUGCAAUGGAAUCCUUACAAUCGGCCACACGUGGACAGUUUGUGCAGUCAUUGCAAAAGCUGCAAAACAAAGAAGAAGAAAAAAUUGAAGUCUCGAAUAUAUUUGAUACAAACCGUGAAGUAAUUAAAUUGACAAUAUCACCGAUAAAAUUACCUAAAAUAUCGGCCAUAUUUGAGGCUGAUAAUGAUACCGAAACAUCCAAAAAAUUAAUGGAUACUUCUGAAAAAGCAAACUCCACAGUAAAACUGCCAAAGCCCACAAAAGAGGUUGCAAUUGUUAAACCAAUUAUGGAAUCUAAGGGCUCUCCAUCUUCUCAUCAUCAGAAACAACGUCGCAGGUCUCCAAUAUCAUCGCAUCAUACCUUGCAAUCCAAAUCUAGGUCCCGCCGGGGACGUGUGCGUUCACUAUCUGUGAGUCCCUCGAGAAACAGUAGUGGACGUAUGGUGUCUCCUCAGCGGCGAGGUGGUUUUUCCAAACAAUCACGUAAUCGUAAUUUUGAUCGACGCAGUCGUAGUCGUAGUCCGAGUUUCAAUCGACAGCUUAAUAGGCGAUCUGGUGACUUAAGUCCCAUAUCACGGAAACGAAGAUCCCUUCUGAGUGCUGAAGAUAGAUUCCGAAAGCACUCGCCCCGACGUGAUUCUCACUCGCGAUCACGUUCUCCUUCUUCACCUCCCUCCCGGCAUCGUGAUCGAUAUUCACGGUCCCCGUUGCCGUUUAAGCCACCAUCUCCCCCGACCGAUCCCAAUUUAUCACCAAAUGGCUCACGUCAAAACAGUUUAUCUCCAGAGAGACGUUCGCGUUCUACUUCUCGUUCACCGAGUAAGAGAACUAUAUCGCCUUCUAGGAAAUCUUAUGACAGUCACAGACAUCGUUCCUUAUCGCCAAAACAUCAACAUUAUAAACCACAUUCACCACGUCAAAGUAAUACUUCAUAUUAUUUUAAUAGUUCACCAAAUCGAAUAUCUUUGGAUGCUCGCAUAAAUAUUGUACUGAAUGGACCUUCAUCUAACCACAAUGAAACUAAUAAUAGUAUCACCACUUACGAAGAUUAUAGCCACUAUGGCCAGUACGGACCAGCAGCUUACAUGUCUUUACCAAGCGAUUCGAAUAGCUUCUAUCCAACAAAUCAAUACGUACCAAUGUCGAAUUCCGUUACUUCAGUUCCACUCGGUCCUGCCAUUCAUCAUAACACAUACUCGAACCUUCGACCUAUUAAUACCGAUGAGCCUGAGAUGUAUUCAUCCGGUCAUCAUCAAGCCAAUUUAAAUGCAGCCAACUUUUAUUACAAUCGUUUUGGUACCCAGCCGUUUGGGUUUAAUCAACCAUCACCAGUGCUAAAGGAGCUGCCAAAGGCAACAGUAGCAGUACAAAAAGGAAACGUUCUAGAGAUUGUGCCAUGUAGCGAUUUGCUUACGGGUAACAUCAGCGAACAUACACAAGGCGGAAAUGAAAAUCAAAUUAAAAAUGAGGGUUCCAAAGAGAAACUUGUAGAUGAAACAACUAAUUCCAAUGCCGACAAAAACAAUCGGAGCAUUUUGAAACCACUUGACGGUGAAAGCAAUGUUUUGAAUAGCGUUACCGUGAGUGCAUUAAAAAAGAAGAAGGUUAAUUUCGAAGAUGGGGUCUUUCCCAACCACAAUAGCGAUGAUGAAGACCGAAAAGUAAUAGAAGCUAAAAUACGUGUGAAAAUGCGAAGGUUGAAGAAAAGGCUUGGUAUUACGCCUCAAUGUCAUAAUUUGUUCGAAGAUAAAGCCCGUAAGGAGAGACAAAAAGUCAACUCAAAUAAGAAACCACCACCACCGCCGCCAAUUGGCUUUGCACCUCCAAACUUGGAACAACCCAUAUAUUUGCGAACUCAUACACCCACUCCCCUUUUGUAUUUUCAUUUCGAUGGAGUUGUGCACUCGAUGUAUGUUUCACAAAUGGAAAGACCAAUACCACCACGUCUUCUCAAUCCGAAAUGUUUGUCGUCAAGCAAUGUCGGUGGUGUUGCCUCGCAACACACUGACUCACAAUCCCCCCUUUACAUGCAAUCGCCAAUAACAGCAGGAGCAGCACAUUUACACACAAGUAAAAAAGAUCCUAUCGCGACAUUUACCCGCCCGAAUCGGAGCGAAAAUCUUUCACCAAAAGUAAUACCCACUACGGCCACGGCUCUACAACAGACUGGAAGUCCGAAGAUAAAUUUCAAAAUUUAUUCACCAAUCGAAAAUAUACACCAUACAGAAGUUGGGAGUACAACAUUACCGGGUACAUCACCCAGCAACAUAAAAGGCAAUGCCAUUCAUACGAUAUCUUCAGUGCCGAUACAAAGCCAUUUAGUACAGAAGCGCCAAGAUUCUCCAAAAGAUGCUGUUAAUACACGACCAAAUAUAUCGAUGGGAUUAUUACCAACACCAUUAACUCUUCCCCCUAUGCCUCAAAGUACCUCAAUUACCGCGCAGACACGGAUUCCUGUAAUUGGCGUCCCACCAACAGUAAUUCCUAAGAUGAUACCCAAUGUCGUUUCAGAGCCAUAUAUGAGUGGAUUUACGCCCACAAUGUUGCAGACCACUCAGCAUCAAGUGAAUACCAUUAAUCAAAACUACAUGGUAGCCCCAACUAUACCCCAUACAAAUCCGCAUAUGCCGGUUGGUAUGCAACCAUAUUUUAAUCCGCCUGUACAGCGAAUGCAUCGACCGUUGCCGAAUUAUAUGGGUCAACCAAAUCAACCUACACUUUCCCCGUCGAACAUGCCUAUGUGUCACAUAGCAGAUUCUUUAGAAACGACAAAUGGUGAUCUUGAUAAAUUUGCUAACCCGCAAACCAUGCCUAUUCCGUACAAUUUUAAGGGGCCGUAGAUGAGUGGGCAUUUUAAAACGUUUUAUAAUUAUAAGAGUAGAAUAUAUACAUACAUACAUACAUAUAUGUAAUAAUACUUGUAAAUUAGUGGAGUUAGCCGUAAAUUGAUUUUUUUUUAUUAAAAUCAAACAUGUAACUUUAAUUUAAUCGCCUUAAAUUGAACAAAUAUAUAGAAAUAUGUAUUUAAACUUUCUUUAUGCAAACAAGACUAUAUAUGCACCUAAAUGGUUAAACAAAUAUGUAACUACAAAGUUCGGAUUGACACCUUUGGCUUUUUAUCCAAUUAUUAUAUUACGUCUAGUAAAAAGUUA